AUGUCCUUCCGAUCGUUCCCGGUGCGGCGGCUGCCGUUCCUGCUGGUGACCGUGAUCCUUUCGGUCGCAGUUGUGGGAAACUUUGCACAGUCUCCGGAAGCACUCAAUUAUCCCAACGUGAUAGCGUUCGGUGUGUUCGGUGGAACCAUUUGUUACUCCAACUCUGUCGCCGUGAAAUCAUCGAUUCCGGUGACAACGCGUGCAUUCACCUUCGUUCCGGCAACUGCUCUCAUGUACGUCGUUUGCUAUAACAACCUGCGAUUGCAUCCCUUUGAGGUGAAGCUACUGGGUGGAGGUCUGGGCUCCAAGACGCAGACUAGCAUAGUGGCUACCUCGGUUACGGGAAAGCUGUUCGUCAACUGUGAUGCUUACUGCGCCUAA